AUGGUAUCAAUCAGAUUCCGAUACCUAGACAAGUUCUCCUAUCAGGAUGAUAUUUUUGAGCAACUUCUCAUUACAGCGGAAUGGCAGGCAUGGGAAACAGUCUGGCUUUUCCGCUUACCCUCCAUCGCAACAAACCCCUCUGUCCCUGUGGUACUAUUCGAGAGCGGAUGCAAUAUCCAUAACUCGACAAAUUGCAGAAAGGCCUGCAGUACUAAGCGAACAAUGUUCAAAUCGCCCGAAACGCUCUGGAAUUGCCUUUCCAUUGCAGCCGUCGCUGCGAUGACAGAGGGUGAGAAUGCUCCUCACCGAAUCAACGAGACUGAAAGUGUGACUUUUAUGGAAACUUUCAAUCCCGGCCCGCUGAAUCGGUUCCAUAAGCUGGGGGUACUUGCGAGAUACAGCCGUUGCGCUCUUCAAUCUUGCUCCGAUCCAAGAUUCCAAGGAUGUCCGUCCGAGCUGUGGGAAGACAAAUUCCAAUACGUCCCUUUUAACCUCACAAGCAUAGAAGACCUUGGAAGGGUGAUGGGGGAAGAGUAUUGUGCCAAAGCCGAUCCAGGCAUCGACUUUGAUAUUGCAGGGCCUGGGAUCCUCGUGGCAUAUCUUAUGCAAUUCCUCAUUGUCCUUGUAUUUGCCGUGGCAUACAAGACCACAAAAACUUGGAUUCGAAAUUUCUCUCUUGCGUUCUUAUUGCCAUUCAAAGGGCCAACCAAGGCUGUCAAAACUGCGAUACGAUGGCAGAACUUCGUGGCAAAAAGCAAGUUUAGCAUCGCAGCAGGAGCCGCACUCGUCGAUCUUCAGGAAGCGCAAGCAAUAUUUCUUGCCGUAGUAUCAACAGCUGCCAUCAUCGCAUUCUCUAGUUCUAGCUCAGCGGGACUUGCGAAUAUCAGUUCGUCGCUAUCGUGGUUGGCCAACAACAUCAUACUACGAGGCGUCGUAUCAGCUGGCAUGUACCCGCUGCUUUUCAUCCAGCUCAUACUACACAAGACACACAACCGUUGGUGGUACACUCUCUUUCUGGUCAUCCUCAACUGGGUCUUGAUGUUGAUCAUCACGCAGCCCGAUGUUGUGGGUGUCGAAUCCUUGGAGAAGCAUGUCAAGAAGACCAAUGAUGUCAAUCGCUGCGGAGGGAAUGCAGGACCAAGAGCUUAUUGUCAGACUUUGAACUUGCGAUUCAGGAACAUAUCUGUAGGUCUUUCUGAUGACAGUCUUGUCUCAUCUGGAAGCCUGUCCAGCUUAGGGUCUAAUAUCACGAGCGAUGUCCUAGGUUCAAAGAAUGGGAACCCUUACUUGUUGAAGCAAAAUGUGGAGAGCUACUUCAGAUUUCACUCCCGCGUCCAAGCUCCUAUACACACCAUCAUGAUAUUUCUGAUCCUGGAUUGGAUGAACUCGGUGUUGAAAGCACAGUGGUUUGAACCAGACACAUGGCUAUAUGGCAGGGUCAAUGUCUUGAUACAGCGCUCACCUACACGUUUGCAGAGGUUUCUCGAGGGACGAUAUUUUUGGCUGUUGACUGAGGCCUUGUGGAUUUCCAUGGAAGUCCUCUCCGUGGCGAUGGGCAUCAUCGGAGUCAAAGAAUUUCAAGAUUUCCUGAGCGUACUACAGGAUGGAAAAGAAGGCGACAAGAGCGACAUACACAUAUCAAACUGGAGCUUUGGGCAAUUGGUCGCUGCUUGCGUCUGGUUUCCCACCAUUUUGAAGUUUCUUUGUCUCAAUGUCGGUGGUAUUCUACCAAGCUUACGAAAGCGAGUGGGUGACAUGAUCGAAAUUACAUAUCGUAUAGAAAAUGAGCGGCUUAUCAGUGAUGUCGCCUUGGAAAGUCUCAUACCUUCUGAGUCAAUUGAGAGAAACCACACUGAUGAUGUGGAGACUAACAGAUUAACCCCCCGAAGAUCAUGGGAGAGAAUAGAUACCUAG